AUGAAAAAGAACUGCGAACUCUGCAAAGCUCCGGCUACAACUUUCUGUGAGUCCGACCAGGCUAGCUUAUGCUGGGACUGCGAUUCCAAGAUCCACAGUGCAAAUUUCCUUGUUGCCAGACACGUCAGGACUCUCCUCUGUCACCGGUGCCAGUCUCCGACGCCGUGGAAAGCCUCCGGUGCUACGCUUAGUAACGCGCUUUCUUUGUGUGAAACAUGCGGUUGCGGUGGUGGUGGUGGAAGAAAAUUUGAAGAUGAACAGGAAGAAGAAAGUGAAGGUGACAAUGAGAAUGAGGAUGACGAUGAAGUAGAUACUGAUUUUGAUGAGGAGGAUGAAGAGGAAGAGGAGCUUGAUGGUGAUGAGGAUGGUGAUAAUCAGGUUGUUCCUUGGUCGUCUACGGCGGCGGCGCCGCCGCCUUCCAGUUCUUCCGGUAGCGAAGAGUCGGUUAGUAAGUCUAACGAUAACGAUGAGGAGGUUGUUUCGAAGUUAGUUACAAUAAACUCAAUUUCUUUGAAACGACGUCGUGAAGAGGAUCGUGAUUUUCAGGCUUCAGAUUCGAAAAUUUGCGUAGAUCAGCGUAUGUACGGUGGUGAGAGGAGGAGAGACGACGGAGAACCGUCGUCGAAGGCGUUGAUCCGGCAAGUUAACGACGGAAAGGUCACGAGCAAUCUCAGCCGCACGAUUGAGUUGGCCGUACAAUAA